CUCCCCCCGCGGCAGGCGGGCGCGUGCGUUGCCGGGCCCCUGCGCAGCGCCGCUAGUGCUCGUCCUCCGCACCGCCGCACGCGUGCGUGGGGGCGGGGCGGGCAUGUCGGCGGGCUCCAAGGCGGUGCUGGGUGUCACGCUGCUGCUCUCGGUCGGGACGGUGGUCGCCGUGCACCUGCAGCAGCAACGCGACCGCGAGAGACUGCGUGAAGGUGUACUCAGAGACCUCGAGAGGCAAAGUCGCAAACAAGAGAACAUUCGCCUUUUAGAAGAUCAGAUUAUUUUGACCAAGCAUCUGGAAGCAGAAAGAGACAGGCAGGCUCUGGACAGAGGACCCCAGCAAUCCUAGAU